AUCUGUAAUUUCCCACUUGAAAACUUGAAAAUUAGCAUCUGAUUUGAAAAUCUGUAACAUUAAUUCUACUUAUUAAUAAUCUCUUUAAGCCCGAAAUAUAUAUAUAUAUAUAUAAUUAAAACAGUAACUUUAAAUUGUAUUAAAUUUUGAAUAAAAGCAUUGGAAGGAUAAACAAAACACUUUGCGGUUUCUUUAGCUUCAAUAUCAAAGUUGAGUGUCAUGGCCAUGGCCACUGUUGGUCAAAGUAUCACAUUAUCGUACAUUUAAAUUGUAUUAAACAAUUUAUUUAAACAGAUCAAACAAUAAGCAUGCUGAUAAAGGGGUGGCGUAUGAUUCUUAUCCAUUUUCUUAUUGCUUGGGAAUGGGAUUAAUUCACUUCAAAACUGAGUGAUACGUAUAAAACCAAACGAAUAUCCGGCAAAAGCGAAUCGUGUAGGAAAGACGAGGAAAAGUGCCGUGAAGUUUCACGACGUGUAAGGAACGGAAACAGAGGGUUGCAAUAAUGUCUAAAAAGAUUAAUUGCAACAAAAUGUUAGUUCACCAGUUAUCGUCUGUAUUACCUGAUGAUAGGCCCAUCACAGCCAUAAAUAUUGUUGAAGAUAUAGAUAAGUGCCCACCAAAUUUUACAGUGGUAUCACGAACAUAUGACCAAGAUACUGAUGCUGAUCUAUGGAGAGAAAGUGGACUUUUUAUUAAAAAGAAAGGCAGAUACAUAUGUUUUUCAAAGACUGAAGGGUUACCCCAGUGUGUGGUCGAAGAUAUCGUAGUCAUUAAUGAACGAGAUACUCCUCCAGAAGGAUAUAGCAUAAUUUCUUAUACUGUAGAUUCAAUGCAGAAGGCAUGGAGAAAGAAACAGGUGUGCUAUAAAAUUAGAAAUAAGGAACUAUGCUCGAAAGCAGUUACUGAUAUUAUCAUAUGUAGUAGAGUUAUACAUAAGGUUUAUACAUCUAAAAUGGCACCAAACGGAUUUAUUGCUGCUGGUGUUAUUAAUGGAGUUUGUGUUUGCUACAAAACUGUGGAUAUUGUAAAUGGGAAUUCAAAUUCACAGUCAUAUGUUAAUAUAGACUUACUACAAAGUGCUUCUCCAAAUCCAUCAAAUGGGACACCCCAUAGAAUACCGCCCGAGAGGCCACCAAAACCAAAGUUUUCGCCAAAACCAGCAAAUGGGGUUUAUCCAAAAAUUAGUGGAAGUGGAGGAAAGGAUACAGAGGAAUCUAAUGACAGAGAUUAUGAAAUUUUGAGUCCUAGUGCAAGAAUUAGACCUACGAGACCUGCUCCGCAACCCCCUACAUCAACAGUUGUUGGAUCUACAUCAAUUUAUGGUACACUGCCAGGAUCUUCCGAUUUGGAUGGAGUCCCAUUUGUUCUUAAUCCACGUCUUAGUGUUCAUUCUGAUUCUUCUACUAAUAAACUUCCUGUGAUCAAAAUUUGGACUCAGAAAGACUUGGAUAAAGAGUUCUUUUACGAUUUUUGUGCAGAGAGAGAAACUUGAAAAAACCACUGUGCCAAAUUAAUUGCGUGAAAAAUCACGGAAUUUUUCAGCUAUGUCUAUACAGUUGUAUUGAUAAUAUAGCACUAGCCAAGUGUAAUAGAGUGCCUGAACGAGUGAUUCAUACUAACCUACGAAAAUGGAAUUACUUUUAAAACAUUUACUGAUGAAAUGUUCGAAUUUAAAUAUUGUCCAUUUUCUAAAGUACUUUUCUCUUCCAUGCCCUAUUUAGAUUUUGAUACCAGUAACAGUUAGCAUUGUAUUUUUAUAGAGUUGCGUUGUAUUUUUAUAGAUAGUAGAAGUUAUAUAUAUGUAUAUUAUAUAUAAUUGUAUGAUAUGUUCUAGUUGUUUAUAAAUCGCCACAAAAUACUUAAUAUUAUACUGGUGUAUUCCUAUUUCUUAAUCAAACGCAGGAAUCUUUCAAUAAAGUCAUCUUCAAUUUUAUUUCCAACAAAAAA